CUCAAAACUUCAAAACGUCAACAGGGACGCCCCCUUUUUAUAAUUUUAAUUGAUUAAGUAUGUUUCUGCCUGUGUUUUCAACUCCAAGAAUUUCUCAGUCUCUUCAUUACGUUCAGAAUGUUUAUCAUGGUUUUUAAAAUUCAAAUAUAAAGUCUCACUCGUAGUUUUUUACGUGCUAGUCUAAAAUGCGCACCAUUAUUGAGGUGACUGUGUGAACUAAGGCCUUAUCUCUUCAUCCACUAAUACAUUGAACCAAACAAAAGCCGCCAAGAUGAUGCAACAAUACAUGAAAGAAAUGGAAAAGAAGCCUUUUGAAGCUGAGGCAUUUGUUGAAAGACUCGCAUGGAGGGUACUUGGCAGCAUGCCUGAUGAUAAAUCUAAAGAAAUGUUUGAUCCUCAGCUCAUGCAGGAAACUUUCAUCCAAGCAAUAAAGGACCUAAAGUUUCUUCAAGAACGGCAGAGGAAGAAAUGUGACAAGCUUGAGUCAGCAUGUGGUGAUCAAGAAGUAAGUUUAUGGCAAGAAGUGGCUCAGCUUCAGGAAUCUAAUAAGACAGCAACUAAUAUUUUUCAAUUGCUGGAUGAACGGAUAAACACAGUAGCAACCAAAGUCAUUCAUAUUGGAGAUCAGCUUGAAUCUCUGAACACACCACGAUCAAGAGCUGCCGAAGCUCAAAAGCUUAUGCUAGCCUUCAAUGCAUUUCUAUCAAAUAAUAUCAGCCCUUCAAAGAGCAAUUCUACCACUAGUCUAGCACAGUCUCAAUACAUGUGCGAAUUGUUCGACAUGAACCAAGGCAACCUGGAUAAAGCAGCAGACGUCAUCCAAAAAUUGAAUCUGAUCGCCCAAGAGCUCCCUCCAAGUGAAAAUUUUGAAGAGGCCAAGAAGAAAAUCUCCAAAAAAUACAGUGAAUUACAGAAAUGUUUGAUAGAUGAGUUUGUGUUUGCUCAGAGAUAUGGCAAUAUUGAGCGCAUGACUGAAUUAGCAAACAUUUUGUCCCAAUUUAAAGGACACUCACAGUGUGUCAAUGCCUUCAUAGAAGCCAGCCAAGAGCAUGCAUUCUCAGGGAGUUUUAACUUUUCGGAUGCUGUGACCUUAUGUGAAAGAUGUUAUGAAACAAUCAAAGUUGUUUUUUCGAGCUCUGCUGAUCAGAUCAUGGCAAAAUUUGUCCUUAGUUUGUACCAUUUGAAGUUACAAGAAUAUAUUGAUAAAAUUCUAGAAUCUAAUCAAAGUUUAUACUUGGAUAAUCUAAUGAUGCUCUAUACUAAAACUGUUCAGUUAUCCAAAGAAUUGGGAAAGUUCUACAAGGAAUCUGAUGAUGUUUUUUUAAACAAGCUAGCCAAUAAGGUGUUCCAAAGAUAUUUAGAAUCGUAUAUUACAACAGAAGUAGAUCAUUUACGGGAUAAGUCAUCGGUCAUCCUCCAUAAGUAUUAUGAAUCAAAAGGACAUCAAAGAAAGCAAAACCCCACCAUGAAUUUUCAAGAUCUUAGACGAGAUAUACAAGCUGUCAUCGGUGGAAGAACCAAUAUCAACAUUGCACAAAUAGAAGAUUUUGGUGGCGAAACUUUUCUAUCCGAUGAAGUUGUGCUGUCCAUUCUAAAAGAGACUGAAUGCGCUUAUCUACGGUGUCAAACGCUCUCUCUACCCCAAGAAGUUGCCGCCAAUGCCCUUCAUAUUUUUGAAGUGAGCUCGCAGUUUUUAGUCGAGCAACAUUUACACUAUGCGUUAGAACUUGCCGUUCAAGCGAUUCCUAUUCCACAGCAAAACUCAUCUCCGCCAGUAGUAAACUUUUUCAAAAUUGUAAAACAAGUUUCAAGCAUGGUCCACCUUGUAGAGAGGCAGUUCAACAGCUGUCUAAUACCACUCACAUACCCAACCAAACACAAUGAUUGUUUUGUCAAGAAAAAGUAUUUAUUAGAACAAUUGGAAGCCAAACUUUAUGUAGGAUUGGAUAGGUCAAUCAAUGCAAUUGUUGGUUGGAUAAAAAUCUAUUUGCAAAACGAGCAGAAGAAAACAGAUUUCAAGCCGGAAGGAGAUGUGGAUAUCCUAGCAUCGCAUGCAUGUAGAACUGUGGUCCAAUAUUUGAAUUCAUGCAUGAAACAGAUCAAAUCUUGCAUUGAUGGAAAAAACGGAGAAAAUGUUUUGGAAGAACUGGGUGUCCGUUUGCACGGGAUCAUCUAUGAACAUUUAUUACAAUUUUCCUAUAACUCAGCUGGUGCCUUAUGUGUGAUCUGUGAUGUCAAUGAGUAUAGAAAGUGUGCUCGUGAAACCAAGUCUAAUCUUGUGAAUGUGCUCUUUGAUGCUUUGAAUUCGUUAUGUAAUCUUCUCUUAGUCAAGCCGGAAAAUAUAAAGCAAGUUUGCAACGGUGAACAACUGGCGGGCUUGGAUCAAUCAAUCGUAAUUAAUUUCAUACAACUCAGGCAUGAUUAUAAAACUCAAAAAUUAGCAAAUAUACUAAAAUCAUCGUAGUAAGAAUAAUCUCUUCUUUCCCUUUUUUGGCCCAUCUUCUUUUUUUUACUUGGCAGUAAAACUGGAGGAUAGAGGGAUACUUGCAAUCACGUAUCCCCUGGACAUUCCAACUUAUCAAGGCCUUCAAAACAAGAUGUAUUUUAUACGUCGUAAUGAAUUCGUCCAAAAUUUCCAAAAAGUGCAAUUAGCGUCUACAGUGGGAAUGUGACUUUUCAAAGGGUGUAAAUACAAUUACUAUAGGUACAGCAUCCUGAUUGUUGAAAUUUUUUGUUUGUCGGGUGGACAUGGCUGACAUAGGUUAAAUGGCGAAGUAUGAUUGGUCGGCCAUGUCUUAUCACUGCUUUAUCAUGCUUUGUCAAUUGGAAUGGACGACAUACUGUCGGAAACUCAAGAGGUGCCUUUAGUUUGUCAUCCAUUCUAAUAGACAAAGCAGCGAUAAGACAUAGCGGACCAAUCACGCCUCGCCAUUUAACCUAUGUCAGCCAUGUCCACCUGACAAACAAAAAAUGCCAUCAAUCAGGCUGCAGAUCAACUGAGGAUGGUUUGUUUCCUUGGAAAAUUGAAUUCAGUGCCAGAGAGAACGAUUAUCAAUGCUUUUAAAAAUCAGAAACCAUAAUUUUGGAGCGUUCAUUACUUAAUUAUCAUAUAACUAUAAUCUCAGUCUGUCAGCAAACUAUUUGGGUAAAUCCAUUUGUGUAAUAUUUGAAAAAAAUCAGAAGGUUAAGUUCAUGAGCUCUUCUCUGUGUCAGCAUUUUCACAAACUACAAGGAUUAUACGAGAAACUGAAGCCUUUGUUUGACCAUCAAAAUAACAAGGCUAUGCAUUCAGCUCGAUUAUUUAUCAAAGCUCAUCCUUGAGCAGGAAGAAUGAUCACUCAGUGCACUAUAGUAAUAGGGUAGGCAUUCUUCAAGAAAAGUUUAACUUUUAUAUCUGCUUGUGCUAUAUCAAUAUCUGCCAAUAUAUCUGUACAAUAUCUGCCUAAGCAGUUAUGAAGGUUACCUUAUCUGUAACACAGUAUUCUGUGAUCACUUGAGAACAAUUUUUUGUCCUUUUCAAACAAUAGUUAAUACCUAUUAUGAAUCUGACUUUUCAGAGAGAAACUGAAAGUAAGGUCCUCAGGUCACUUUUCUGGCCAAUGAAAAGGCUGGAAAACAUCAAUUGAACCAAUUUUUGCUCCAGGGUUCUUGAAAAAUCCAAGUCUGAAGAAAAACGGAAGAAUAGGUGCCAUUCAGCCUGCAAUCAGUCUUUUGAGCCCAGUUUUAAUAGGUAUUCUUCAGAUGAAUAAAUUUCUUGGGCUCAAAAAAUUGCAAAAAUUACUUGCUUAAUUGCAUAGUUUUCCAAGUUUUUCUCGAAAGUUGGAUUUUGGUGCUCGGGCCCUUAAGAUAAAUAUUGGUUUGACUUUCUUGUUCUUAGUUCUCGUCAGUAAUGUGUGAAAAAAGAAACAAAUUCUAUCACUGCUCAGAUUCUUCCACCAGGAUUGCUAGUAUCAGUAAUUUUUAAAAGUAUCAUUGAUCUUUGUAAUUUAAGUAGUUAAUAUACCUAAGUAUUUGUAAAGAUAUGAGAAAAGUAAAAUUUUUUAAUACACAAA